AUGACGGUUAAUAUUCAUGUAUACACGCCCAUAUAUGGGGUCAUGCAAUUACUUUCAUAUCAAAACAACUACCCCCAUCCUGCCACUGGAUCCAAGAUCCUAUCAGCUCAGGCAAGAAAUCUACUAGGGCACAAGAUUCCCCAAGUAUUGGUUGAUUUCUCAGCCGAGUCACAAUUCAAUUUAUUUGGUGAUUAUGCCAUGCCUAGCGAUUUAGGGCCCUCGAUUUUGUUUACUGUUUUAUACACCAUAAUUGCCGUUAUGCACAUUGCAUUAUUUAGUAUUAAUUUUUCACGAGGGCAUUAUUUUUGGCCAGGUAUUGGAUUUAUUUUUUAUUCCAUUUGUCGUAUUAUUGGUUUCGGUCUUCGAGUUCAAUGGACUCAUGACAUUACUCAAACUGCAGUUGGUAUUUCAAGUGAAGUGUUUUUAAUUUUGCCCCAGGUUUUAUUGACUAGUUUUAAUUUGAUUUUGGCACAACGGAUCUUCACUUGGAGACAUCCUGUUGGUGGUUCGAGAAAAUUGUUUUGGGGAUUUAUGCUUGCUUUGUAUGCUGUUGUUGCUGGUGUUAUUGCGAUGACUAUUGUUGCUGCUGCAGGUUUACAGAUUUAUUUGUUGGGAGAACCAAAUUAUCAUCGGUAUGUCAAGGUGAUUCAAGCCUCAUCGAUCUUGAUUAUUCUUUAUUCAUUGACAUCCAUAUCUUUACUUGGAUUAGCAUUUUUCUUCAAGCCAACUAGAAAGGAUGAAAAUUUGUAUACUUAUCAACCAUGGUGGAUCAAAUCAUUUAAUCCAUUUUAUUUUGUUAAAAAGGGAGAACCACAAGAGGCAGGAGCUAGUUUCUUGAAAAGAAAUCAUAAUCAUCGUUAUGCUAUUAGAGUUAUUGCUGCUACGCAUCAUCAUUAUAAAACAGUCAAAGGGUUGAGUAAUGAACGUGGUGAUUUGGCCCAUAAUGUAUCAAUGAUGAUUCUUGCUGUAACGACAUUGAUUAUAUUUUUAUCAUCGGUGUUGAGAUCAGUUGUUUGUUUCCAAGCAAGAAGCAAGUAUGAUCGUUCAGCCGUUGGUUCACCAGCAAUGAUGUAUGUCUUUUGGGGUGCUUUGGAAAUCAUUGUCAAUUUAAUAUAUUUGAUUGGAAGAGUUGAUUUAAGAUUCUACAGACCUGACAGAUUACCCAAAUCAGUGAGACAAAUUGUUACUGCUGAACAGUCGUUAUACCCAUCUGAAAUCGAAAGUGGAGAUGAAGCAAACUCUUAUGGUGAAGGAAAAGACGAUUCGCGUGAUGAUUCGACUAUUGGUGAUGGAGAAUAUGAAGACGGGUUGGAUGACUUUAAUUUUGGAAGCACUAAACCAAACUCAUCUGAGUUUGAUGAUGAUGAUGAUUCUGAAGGAUUCGACUUUACUGGAAAUCGCAAAACUGAUCUCAAGACAAGAGCACCGUAUCCACAUCAUGAAAAGUCAGAUAUUGAAUCUGAGUUCCAUUUCUAG